AUGGCCACGUUUGCCGCCCACGUGCUGAAGGGCCAACCACCGGAGUACGGAUUUCUUCGCCGCAAGCUCAAAAUUUCCAGCCCUGACAUGACGGUGGAACCCGUGUGUAGCGAGGUGUUGAUGGAGGAGCAGACUCUCUCCAUCGAAGAGAGUUACAAGCAGAUCACCAGCGAUGCAUCUGCUUUCUUGGGCGCUGUCAACACCAUCGUGGCUACAACGGGGGUCAACGGGAAGGAAGGCAAAGGGGGAAGGGAGCAGACGGACAAGAAGAAGGAUGGAAAGCGGGAGAAGAAGCGAGCCCCCUUCAAGGGGCGCUGCUACAACUGCAAUGAGGAGGGGCACAUGGCUGCCAAGUGCCCCAACAAGAAGAAAGAUACAACGCCCGCGGCAGCCGCGAACGUAGCUGAAGGAGACGGGAAGGGCGUGGCGCUCACCGUUGCGUGUUCGGCUGCAAAGUUCCUUGACUCAGGAUGCUCCCAACACAUGACCGGCCGCAAGGAGUGGUUCACGGUGAUCCGUGACCCAUCCGCAACGAAAUCAGUCAAAGGGUUUGAUGGUUCUAUGCAGGAAGUUGCCGGUGUUGGUGAGGUUUUGCUGGAGGGCACUAACGGCUUGCGUGUGACCCUACAUGAUGUCCUCUUUGUGCCAGGAAUGAAGGCUAACUUGGUCUCCCCUGGGCAGCUCUUGGACAAGGGAGCAAAGCUGCAAACCGAGGAAGGUGUCACUUGCAUCAUCGCAUCAGGAGGUCAAGUGGCUGCAACGGCACGAUACCGCCAUCGCCUUCACUGCCUUGACCUUAAACCAGGGCCAGCAAGGAACGGUGCAGCGGCUGCAGCGGCAUGCAAUGGCACGGCGGCUGCAACGGCAUGCACCAAUAUGGCGGGUGGAGCGGCGAGCUACAGCACAGGGGCUGCAGCAGCAUGCAACGGCACGGCGGCUGCAGCGGCAAGCAAUGGCACGGCAGCUACAGCGGCAUGCAAUGACACGGCGGCUGAGGUGGCAUGCAACGGAAUGCCUAAGGCAUUUGCUGAGUGGACAGCCACAAACAGUGGCAUGCUAGGCAUGGACCUAGAGAAAGGAGGGGAGGACACGUCGAGCGCCUCCUCCCAAGAAGCCAAACUCACUCAUCAAACGCUUCCGCUGCCUGACGAGCGAGAGGGGGAGGUUCUUGGGAUGGUCCAUGGCCUUGGGCAGAAUCAACCGCCGUCACGUACCGUCAUCAUAAUCCCAGUGCCGUCCGUGCAAGGGGGCGAACAACCGUUUGAUCGUCCGGUUGACCCUGCGGGCAGCAACGCAACCAUGGCUCCGCCAGCUCUCUGUCCAUCCUUAGCUGCUGACUUGGCACCUGUGGGACCAGAGGUUGGUCCCUCUGCGGAUGAAAGUCGUGCAGCUGAUGAAGAUAAGGAAGGAGAGGCAACGGACCUGAAAUCAGCGGCAACUCAUGGGAAGGACCCCAUACCCACGGUUCCGCCCCUCCAGCCCACUCCCCCACACCCAUGUCAUUCUAGCAGGUCCAACAAGGGCAUGCCACCUGUUUGGCUUCCCGCAUCCACCAUGACGGCCUCGGAUGCGGUUGAUGGCAACAACAUGUACGGCAUUGCAUUCCUUGCAGGAGGUGCUUAUGGCACAGACAUCUACUAUGAUGUGGAGUACUUGGAUGAGGCUGAUGAGGAGGAAGGGGGAUUGAGGAGCAUCAUCGUCAACCUCGGAGUAACCUUGACCGGACCUGAAGGCAUGGUGGUGGACAAAGGUCUCCUCGUGGUGGAAUACAUGUCAUCCACGGAAGGCUAUCUUGGUCUGCAGAUUGUGCGCGACCACCCCAACAAAACACUCCUCCUUCACCAGAAUGCGUACGUGGCAAAGGUGCAGCAGCGGUUCUUCAAGGGGGCGCCACCAAAGAAGCAGCCGAUCACUCCUCUCUCCUCUGCCAGCUUUGCCAAGCAGGAUGCCGGGCAGUUUGCCAACCGUACCAUGAGCGAGUACUUGUCAAUUCUCGGCAUGGACCGAUGCGCAUUGGCAUGA